GUGCUGGUUGUUAGCGACGCGGCUGUGGCUAUUGUGUGAUUUAGCAGCGAGGCACAUUGCAGGGAGACGUCGUUCCACACACGCCGCCGAGCCCUCGGGUAGUCGUUUCUGUGGCUUAGGGCCCGUCUUCGGCUUGUUCGUCGUCUCCAGCAGACGCACAAAUCACGGUGUUUCUACUCGGGCCUGCCCUCAGCCCAGACGAGCGCUCCGAAUCUUCUCUUUAAAGAUUUCUUCAGUUCAUCACACCAGCAGCAACCAGUUUGGGUCCCACGACUGACUGACAUAUAAGCAACAAAUAUGGACUCUGCAGGAACCACCCUUCUAGACAGUUCUCUCAACGAUGAGGUGUCCUCAGCAGACGUCAAGCUGGCGGCCGUAGCAGGAAAGAAGGGCAAGAAGGCUGAGGAGGAGGAGCAGCCUGCAGCACCUGCAGCAGAACCAGCAGGGGCAGGAGCAGCAACAGCAGCCCCAGCAGCGGCAGCAGGGGCAGGAGCAGCAGAGGAGGAGGAAGAGGAGGAGUAUGUGGUGGAGAAGGUUCUGGACCGCAGAGUGGUGAAGGGCAAAGCAGAGUUUCUGCUGAAAUGGAAGGGCUUCUCAGAUGAGGACAAUACAUGGGAGCCGGAGGAGAACCUGGACUGUCCUGACCUCAUCGCAGAGUACAUGCAGAAACACAAAGAGAAGGAGGAGAAGAAGAAGGAGAGCAAGAGGAAAGCAUCCAGCGACGCCUCAGGAGACACAGAGGAACGAGGAAGCAAGAAGAAGAAGGAGGAGGGUGAGAAGGCCAGAGGAUUUGGCAGAGGACUGCAGCCUGAGAGAAUUAUUGGAGCGACGGAUUCGAGCGGAGAGCUGAUGUUCCUCAUGAAGUGGAAGAACUCGGACGAGGCCGACCUGGUCCCAGCCAAGGAAGCCAACGUCAAAUGUCCCCAGGUGGUGAUUUCUUUCUACGAGGAGCGCCUCACAUGGCACUCCUACCCCACAGAAGAGGAGGAAAAGAAGGAGGAGGACAAAAAGGACUAGAUGAUUAGAAGACGAGGAGAUGCAAAAAGAGGAAAAGAAAGGAAGUGUGGAGGUGCAGGGCAGGAAACCAACUAGACAUCGGUAAACUGUUGUACAGGUUAGUCGACUCUAGCAGCUGCUUUGGCAGCGAAACAUGCCAACGUAGCUGAGAGAGGAAAAAAAAGGAAGUUUGUUUUCCUGCCCUGCAAGGAUUCCUCAAAAGUGGCUCCCACCUGUAUCUCGACCAAAAGUGUAAAUUCUUUUAAGGAAAUGUGUGUUUUCCCCUCACUGAGAACACAUGACUUGAUGAGAAUUGGUGCCUUUGUUCUAAUAGAGUUCCUACUGGUGCUGGGUGAACUGACCAGAAAAAAGUUUGUGUCCGACAUAAGAAGACAAACUCCAGAUGCUGACAGCAGCCUGUCACGUCUUUAAGGCAUGAAUCCACGUGAGAAGCAUGUUUCUGUCCUUAAAGACGGCUGAUCAGUGGGUGAGUCAGACAGGACAGACUUCCAUUCCUGCUUCGUCGAGAUACGUAGGUGGGAACGUCUUUUGAAGGGGAUGGAGUGGGGCGAGGUGUUAAGGAGAGAUGAAAGAAAGGACAGAAACCAUUCGUCUCUUUCAGUAUCUGUUCUUCGUGCCACCUGGUUUCUCAUUAUCGCUGACAUAACACUGUUCAUCUGAAACUGUCCAACAACCAAAUGACAACUUUUCACUGAUGUGGACGGUGACGGGACGCAGUCUGCAUGAAGACACCAGCGCUUAGGGCCUCACAGGUCCUACCAGCCACUGUGGCAGAGCAUUCUCAAUAUGACAAAACAUCAGUAAAUCAAUGAAUGUACUUCCACAUGAACUCUAUUAUCAGGCAGAUUCCUUCCGAACAUCUGGUACGGGGUUUUAGACAGUUUUAAGACAAAUAAUGUGGAGUUAAUGUCUCUUUUUAUUGCUGAGAGGUUCAUCAAUCAAUUCUUGAAAAUGGCUGAUAAAUUCAUGCUUUUCAAAUCAAAAUGAUGUGAGACGAUGCACACGGCAAACUGUAAGGGGUAUGUUUGUUCCACAGCAGGCUGGGUUAGAGCUGUUGACGGUUUUACUGAUUUCUGCCGUCAUCGUUUGACAGAUCUGCUUCUGAUUUCAUCUUUUGAUAAUUUUGUCAUGUUCUAACUGUAUUAAAUGUCGAAUAUUGAUGUAUAUUUCCCCAUAAAUUGUACCAAAUCAAACAAAAGUUGACUGCUAGUGUAGCAUGGGUGGUGUUGGGUAACGACCAGAGGCUUUUGAAGUGUUGGCUGUCGUUUGUACAUUUAUCUCCUGCUGACUAACGAGCGAGUUUGGCUGAUGAUAAACUGUAGGGUUCUUGUCUGUUCUGCUGCUUGGCUGGUAGGUGGCGCUGAGGGUUCCUGACUGUGUGUCUGUAGAUCCAUGUUCAGCUGGGUCUCCCUGCUGACGGGUGACUUUAUGUCCAGUCCUCAUUUCACUCUGUUUUAAGACUUCACACACUGCCACACAUGCGUUUUCUAGACUCUUAUUAUUUUAGCUUGCACUUCCCGGGCAACACUCAAGACAAUAGCAUAUUUUGGUUCCUCUUUCUUGCGGAGCGUUCUCUGUUCAGCAUACGUUUUGAUGUUCUAACGAGUCGAAUCGGUUCCUGUGAGGACGGUUUCUCUGGUGUUUUCUCUGCUGCCUCGUGUCUCCCAGCAUCUUCCUGUGUUGAAUGUAGCCCGGCUGUGUGUAUUCCUCCGUAUACUGUAAUAAAGUUAGCGUAGUAGCUUCCUCUGUUAGCACACCUGGGUCAGCUAGUUUAAAGCUCCUUUCUUCUACAGGUUUAAUCUUUAGGUGGCCUUGAUGUUUGACAUUUAAUGAGAACCAAACCUGAAAUAAAUACAAUCCAUUCGUUUCCAGCGUCUUCUUCUAAUGCCGUUAUCUGAAAACAACCCUGGCAUGUAAAAUUUUAAACAUUCCUGAUGAUAUUUUGAUCAUUUAAUGAGCCUUAACUGUACCGACUUGUUAUUGUAGACUCGUACAAACUGCAAGUUGCAUGAAAAGUGUAAAAACCAGUGACCAGGUUGUGUAAGCAUAUCAGAAUUCUUACCCAAGUACCUCACACACACACAGAGAACUAUGUUGGCUCAGCUUUUAAAUAGUUUCUAGCAUUUUAAGUCAAGCCUUUGACUCCAAGCUAUUUUUGCCUAAGUUGGUGCUGCUGUAGUUCCUGGAUCUGUUCUUCUGCUGGUCUGAUUUCUUCAGUAUUAUAACUCAAAGUGACUGAACUAGCUGCACCCACCCAGGUCUGCUGCUUAGCUUUUCUAUCUCGUCUUGGAAACUUUUCUCUGUAUUUAGCUGAUUAGCCGGUGUUGUCCUGUUGCAUGUUUAUUGGUUUUCCUUGCAAUGUUACUGUCAUAGCUGAUCUACUUUUAAUUCUCUGUUUUGGACAAUAAAGGUUUUUGUUUUCGUAA